AUGCGUUUCUCCUCCAUCUCCAAUCUCGGCCUCGUCGCUCUGUCGACUUCGGUUAUCGCUGCUAAGCCCAACGAUACCUACGAUUACAUCGUCGUCGGAGGUGGCCCUUCAGGCAUCAUCACUGCCGAGCGACUCUCUGAGGCUAACAAGAAGGUGCUUCUUCUCGAGCGUGGCCAAAGAGGCCCUACUAUCAACACUGGAUCUAACCACUCUCUCCCCUGGGAUAAGUCCUUGACUCCCAUCGACGUCCCUGGUCUUUCUGCCGCUGUCGGUGGCCUGGAUAUCUGGAAUGAGUACAUGUGCACCGACACUGCCGGUCUGGCUGCCUGUGUUCUCGGUGGCGGUGUUACUGUAAACUACAUGGUUUUCGUGCACCCUCCCGAGCGCGACUUCAACGACAAGUGGCCUAAGGGAUGGAAAUGGAACGAUGUUGCGCCCGCUGCUGAGAGAUUGUAUGCUCGCAACCCCGGUACCACUGUGCCUUCCAAGGACAACAAGCGCUAUGACACUGGUCUUUACAAUACUCUAUCCUCGUUCCUUAGCAAGGCUGGAUGGAAGUCUGUUGAUAUGCUCAAGCAGCCCAACGAGAAGCACCAGGUCUACAGCUGGCCUUCAUGGAACGUCCAGAACUCUCUCCGAGCUGGACCCGUCAGGACUUACCUUCCUCUCGCUGAGAAGCGCGACAACUUUAGCCUUCAAAUGGGCACCAAGGUCAUCCGCGUUGUCCGAUCCGGCUCUCGCGCCACUGGCGUUGAGGUAGAGACCGUCGAAGGCAAGAAGCAGAUCAUCAACCUUUCCAAGAACGGCCGCGUCGUUCUGUCUGCCGGUGCCAUGUCCACUCCCCGCCUUCUGUUCAACUCUGGUAUCGGCCCCAAGAAGCAGAUCCUCAACGCCAAGAAGUCUGGUGUCACUCUCCCUGCCCAGCGAAACUGGAUCGACCUUCCCGUUGGUAAGGAGAUCCAGGACCACCCCAUCUUUGCCAUCAACGUCAAGACCGAUGGCAAGUGGGGCAUGCUCGACACCGACAGUGUUCUUAACGGUACCGACACCAAGAAUAUCAAGAUCUUUGAGGAUAAGGCCUCCGGUGUUUUGACCCAGGGUCGUCACCGUCUGAUCUUCUUCACUUCUCGCAAGGGAAUUGAUGGCAAGACUCGCUACUUCCAGGGCUCUACCUCUGCUGCUGGUGACGGUGUCAUCUCCAUCAAGGUUUACCUUACUCACGGCUCUACCUCUUCCGGUGUCCUGGGACUUGAUCAGAAGGGAAACACUGUUUUCGAGAAGACACCUUACCUGACCACCAAGGCCGACACUGAGGCUUCUAAGGCUUUCCUUGAGGAGUUUAUCGCUUCCAUCACUGACAAAUCUACUGGCUACACCCUUGAGGGCAACAAGACCAUCGAUGAUCUUCUUGAGAAACCUGACCAGGGAAACCAUUUCAUCGGUUCUGCCAAGAUUGGUUCCGUCGUUGACACCAACACCAAGGUCUUUGGAAUGGACAACCUUUUCAUUACCGAUGCUAGCAUUCACCCCGACCUUGCCACUGGCAACAUUCAGACCAUUGUCAUGGUUACCGCCGAGGCUGCUGUUGCCAAGAUUCUGGCCUGCUAA